AAGGUGGCCUUUCCUUCCCUCUCUACCUGACGACGAGAAACCCCUCUCAUAAUUCCGUGCAAGAAGCUUUUUGCAGGAAAAUCAUUUUUGUUAUCUUGCUUCGUCCGUUUCCUGCAGAUCUAAUCUUGCGCCAAACCCUGAUUUCAUAACACAAUAAUUCGACGGAUCGUGUUGGGCAAUCUUAUUGGAGAAAUUGUUUAUUUCCAUCUGAAUCUGGUCUGUUUUUUUUUUUGCAUCAAGAUGAUAUAGGUUAAGUUCGAAAUUAUGCCGCAUUAAAGGAUUGCACCGAUUGGAUGCAAGCGGUGCCCGGUUUUAAUCAUUUGGUGGUCUGAUCUAGGUUUGGAUUUGAAUUGUUUGCCUCAUUGGCUGAUCACCAAGUCUUGAAAAUUGGCUCCCCAACGCAGAUCACAGCGCCACAUGGGUGGCCAGAUGCAACAGAGCAAUGCUGCAGCAACUGCUCUGUAUGAUUACCCAAACGGCGGGUCCAUGCACAAUGCAGGUGCUGGGAACGAUGCUGGAGACGCUGUCAUGGCGAGAUGGCUCCAGUCCGCUGGGUUGCAGCAUCUGGCCUCACCUACGGCCUCAAGUGGCAUCGACCAACGUCUUCAACCUAACCAACUCAUGCAGGGAUAUGGUGCACAGUCAGCUGAAGAGAAGCAAAGGGUCUUUAAGUUGAUGAGAAACCUCAACUUCAAUGGUGAAUCUGUUUCUGAGCCAUACACUCCAACUGCUCAGGCUUCAUCCAUGAUGGUUGGAGCAGAUGCCUUCUAUUCCCCCGAGUUCCGAGGAGAUUUUGGGGCAGGACUAUUGGAUCUUCAUGCUAUGGAUGAUACAGAGCUUCUCUCUGAGCAUGUUAUGUCAGAACCCUUUGAGCCAUCACCUUUUAUGCCUGCUGUUACACAAGCAUUUGAAGAUGACUUCAGCAUGAUAGGUGGAAAGCAGGAAAAGGGACAAGCAGAUUCUGAUUCCUUCACUGGACUACCUACAAAUGAUAAAGAGAUAAAUACGAGGGAGAACAAUGUGGCUAAAAUCAAAGUUGUGGUGCGUAAAAGACCACUCAACAAAAAGGAAAUGGCUAAGAAAGAGGACGACAUUGUUACUGUACUUGAUCGUGCUUAUCUAUCCGUCCAUGAGCCCAAGCUAAAGGUGGACUUAACUGCUUAUGUGGAGAAGCAUGAAUUCUGUUUUGAUGCUGUUUUGGAUGAGCAUGUGACAAAUGAUGAGGUUUAUCGUGUGACUGUAGAACCAAUAAUACCCACUAUCUUCCAGCGCACAAAAGCUACUUGUUUUGCAUAUGGCCAGACAGGAAGUGGCAAGACAUUUACAAUGCAACCUCUUCCUCUAAGAGCUGUUGAAGAUCUUGUCAGAUUACUGCACCAUCCGACAUAUCGCAGUCAGAAAUUCAAGUUGUGGCUUAGUUAUUUUGAGAUAUAUGGUGGGAAGCUCUACGAUCUUCUUAGUGACAGGAAGAAGCUUUGUAUGCGGGAAGAUGGGAGACAACAAGUUUGUAUUGUUGGUCUGCAAGAGUUUGAAGUUUCAGAUGUACAAAUGGUGAAAGAGUACAUUGAGCGGGGAAGUGCUGCAAGAAGCACAGGCUCCACUGGUGCUAACGAGGAGUCUUCGAGGUCACAUGCAAUACUUCAACUAGUUAUCAAGAAGCAUACUGAAGUAAAAGAAUCUAGGCGCAAUGUGGAUGUUAAUGAGUCUAAGAGUGGGAAGAUUGUAGGGAAGAUUUCGUUUAUCGAUCUUGCUGGUAGUGAAAGAGGAGCUGAUACAACUGAUAAUGACAGACAAACAAGAAUCGAAGGAGCUGAGAUUAACAAGAGUCUUUUGGCUCUCAAGGAGUGUAUCAGAGCCCUUGACAAUGACCAGAUUCAUAUUCCAUUCCGGGGAAGCAAACUCACUGAGGUGCUUCGUGAUUCUUUUGUUGGAAACUCAAGGACUGUCAUGAUUUCUUGCAUUUCUCCAAAUGCUGGUUCAUGCGAGCACACACUUAAUACAUUGAGAUAUGCCGACAGGGUCAAAAGUCUUUCUAAAGGUGGAAAUUCCAAAAAGGAUCAAGGUGCAACAAGUUCAUUAACACCCACAUACAGGGAAUCUUCAUCAGCCACAACUUUUCCUUUUUCUUCUGAUAUUGAUGAUUUUCAAGAGCACUAUCAAGAGGUUAAAAUGGUAGAUAUGGGUAGAAGGGUUGUGGAAAAGGACAACCAAUUUCAGAAUCCUCCUGUUGAACUGAACAAGCUUCCAUCUAGUUAUACAGCCAACUACCUAUCCAAUGGGCGAGAAGAGGUUGACAAGCAAACUUUUGGUGGUAUAACAAGUCAAAAACCAUAUUCUUCUACUUAUACACGUAGCUCAGCAGAAGCAGAUGAAAAAGUGCAGAAAGUCUCACCACCAAGAAGAAAAGCUUCUGUGGAUGAGAAGCCUGAAAGGCUAGUGAGUUUACAGCAGAAGAAGGAUGCUGCUAGUGUCCCUGAUGUUUCCACUAGUAGUUACAAGCAGCAGCAGCAAAAGACAAUCAAUUUCAUUAAUGACAAUGGAGUAUCCAAACAGUAUGAACCUGAAUCGCCAGAUGGAAAUAUCAAUCAAAUACUGGAGGAAGAAGAAGCUCUAAUUGCUGCUCAUAGAAAAGAAAUUGAAGAUACAAUGGAGAUUGUCCGCGAAGAAAUGAAGCUGUUGGCUGAAGUAGACCAACCGGGUAGCAUGAUUGACAAUUAUAUAACUCAGCUGAGUUUUGUGCUUUCCCGAAAAGCAGCAGGGUUAGUCAGCCUUCAAGCUCGCCUUGCUAGGUUCCAGCACCGUCUUAAGGAACAAGAGAUUCUAAGUACUAGGAAGAGAGUGCCACCACGUUAAGGUGUCACCAUCAAUGGAAAGAAAGCCUCUCUCAGCAAUCACUUAGGGUUUUCAGUGAAGCUGCUCUACUCUCUCCAAUGGAGUGUGAGAAUUACGCAAAGUUGGUUGAUCUCCAAGGGUAUAUAUAUAUAUAUAACACAUUGAUUUAUCCAAGGAUUUCAAAGCUGGGGCAAUCGUUGAGAGAAAUCAACGUCAGUUGUUGUUGUAUGAUGUAUAGUCAUGUUGUCGAUUUAUAUGGAUGUUGUCUAGCUAGACUGGGGGAUGGAUGAGGUUUGCAAAAAAACUUGACGACGAGUGUAAUGGGUUGCAGAAAAGAACCACAAAAAAAAAAGUUGGAUACUUCUACUACUAGUACUGCUAUUGUAAUAAGUUCAUUCUUCCUCAGUUUGUUUGUUGUCUAGGUUGAUGUUGUGUUCUAUAUUCAAUUGUUUUUGUUGUUUUUUUAAUUGUUUCCUCUAAAAAAACAAAUAUAUGUUAUAUAUGUUUCUAUUGGAUUGUGAACUUUUACUGCACAUAUAAAAAUGCAUUUCUUUCUU